UUCAACAAAAAUAUCUUUCACUUUUAAUAGUCAUUCGUCAUCAUCGCAGUAAUUUUUGAAAUGUUCAACAGCUCAAAUGGAAAUUCAUGAUGACUUAUUGGCAGUAGAUAUUGAAACUGCCUUGUCGAAAAAUUUCGUGAGCGUUGUUAUUUGGUGAACAGUGGACAUAGUAUACAGUGUACGUGCACGUGAAAAUUUUGAAAAAAAAAAUUCCACGAUACAUUUUUGAAUUGGUUACAAUGAAGUAUGUGAAACACCGAUCAUCGAACUAAUUAUGCAAUGUGUGAUUCAUUCAGUAAAACAAUUGUAUGCGGCAAGUGCUUGGUUGAUUCAACAGUUUUUCACCUAACGAUUGGAAAGUUAAACUGUAAGAAAGUCAACUUUAAAAACUAAUCAUCCUCAUCGUCUAGUUAUAGGAUUAUCCUUACAAUAAUGUAAAAUUAACAACAAGCUACUCUGGUGAAGUAUCGCUUUCAAGUAUGUCCAGAAAUCCGCCAAACCCUAACGCUUGCAAUAUAUGCGGGAAAACUAAUUCUAAUUCAAAACACUCCAAAAGUCAUUGCUGUAUUCACUCAGCUGAAGAGUCAUCCUGCCACGUCGCCUCGUGUUCAAAAUCCAACAUGGUUGAAAGCACUUCCACGGCACGUCCAUCCAUUCAAUACAAUACCAAUCAUUGCCUUGUGUGCUUGAAAAAAUUUGUUUGUAGUGAAGAUCUUACAAUUCACAUGAAUUCCAAGCACAACUAUUCCUGUAGCGUGUGCUUUCAAACUUUCACCCACAGAAAUGGUCUUACAAGGCAUUUUAACUCCUACCACAUCCAUCGCUGCAACUUGUGCUCUGAAAUUUUCUACCUGAAAAAGGAUCUCUCCCAUCAUAUGGACUCCAAACACAAACACCCUUGCACCGUGUGCUCUGCAACUUUUUACCAAGAGGAUGAUCUCACGAGGCACAUGAACUCCGAACACAACCACCCUUGCACACUAUGUUCCAAAUUUUUUUACGAAGAAGAGGAUCUCUCGUGGCAUAUGGAGUUUGAACAUAAAUACCCAUGCACCGUGUGUUCUGCAACUUUUUACCAAGAAGAUAAUCUCACGAGGCACAUGAACUCCGAGCACAAUCACCCCUGCACCGAAUGUUCCGAAACUUUUGUCCGCGACAGUGAUCUUAUGGAACACGUUUACCUUCAGCACUGUUAUCAUUGCACCAUGUGCUCGCAAACAUUUAGUCAAGUUAGCGAUCUCACGUGGCAUGUGGACUCGGAGCACAACCAUCGCUGUACCGCGUGUUCCGCAGUUUUUGUCCGAGAGAGCGAUCUCACGGCGCAUAUGAAUACUCAGCACAAUCACCAAUGCAUCGUGUGCUCACAAAGUUUUAGCCGAAGUAGUGAUCUUACGUGGCAUAUAAAUUCCGAACACAUGCCUGAAACUUUGGAAUCUUUCGUCCAAGACUGUCAUAUCACAGACCUCAUGAACUUUCCGCCCAACUAUCAAUGCACCGUGUGCUCACAAAAUUUUACCCAAAGUGGUGAUCUUAUAUGGCACAUGGAUUCCGAGCACAACCACAGAUGUACCGUGUGUUCCGCCGUUUUUGUCCUAGAGAGCGAUCUCACGGCGCAUAUGAAUACUCAGCACAUUCACCACUGCACCGUGUGCUCGCAAACUUUUUACCAAAGUAGUGACUUGAUAUGGCAUAUGAAUCCCAAUCACAACCAAUACUGCACAGUAUGUUUAGAAUAUUUUAACCUUGAAUAGAAUUAAUUGAUUUAUAUAAAUAGCUGGUAUAUCUUCCCAUGCAAUGAAUGUCAGCAAUCUUUCACCAGUUUCAUGUCACAAACUAAAGUAUAUAUCAUUCAGAGGAAAACAAUAUUCAGAAUUUUUUCAUUUUAGUGUUGACGUUUCGACUAGACGUGGAUAGUCCUUGGAAAAAUAUUAUAACUGAGUAAAGUCAAAAAUUAUAAAUUUAAGUUACAAAUGUCGACGAAUCAAUGUUAAUUGAUCAGUACAACGACCAAGAAGAUUUGUAUGAUUUAUUUUCAUUCUUGGCUACAGAACAAGUGAUCGAUGUAAUAAUCUUGAGAUAAAAUUAAUCUUCUACUAACGGAUAUUACCACAAGAUACUAAUAAUUUUAUAGUUGUAGCAACUAAAUUUCGAGUACUCCUUAAGGAUACUUUUAAAUGAUGUAUCAGAAUAAGCACAAUAAAACAAUGGUUUCGG